AUGGAGGGACCUCCCUCGAUCCCCAGCGCCCCUAUGGACAAUUGUCCACGGGACACCGGCGGUCGGGCCCCGGACCAAGACCUCUGGUCACGGGGUCAGCAGGGGGAUCCACGAUGCCCUUCCGGACAAGUGUCCAUGGGACAUCGCUUCUCCCACCUGCCCUGGCCAAUAGGCGAGAUACAACGACUAACUCAUCCUGAAAACUGGCAUCAUGUGCCAUCUACCCAGAAUCCAGCCGACAUAUUAUCCAGAGGUUUAAAUCCGCGCGAAUUGAUCAAUGCAGGUAUGUGGUGGAGCGGUCCCAGCUUCUUACAGAAUGACGACAGUCACUGGCCCGACAACAAUUAUCCCAGCUUGGACGACGACGCACCGGAAGAGCGGAAGACCUGUAAUGCCGUAACUACACUUAAUUGCAAUAUCGUAAACUCACUGCUGGACAGGCGUUCUAACUUGGACAAGGUCUGUCGCAUCUUAGCGUACGGUCUAAGAUUUCUGAAAGUGCACGCAAGACCGUCCACGACUUUCGUAUCGCACGAGGAAAUAAACAAAGCCUUACAUCUAAUGGUUAAAUUGGUACAACGGCAAUCAUUCUCCGAAGAGUACAAGGAGCUAAGCAGGGGCAAGCUAGUCCAUUCGUCAAGCAGAAUUCAAUCGCUAAAUCCGUACGUAGAUGACGAGGGAAUAAUCAGGGUUGGUGGCCGCCUGAAGAACGCCGACUUACCAUUUGACGCUUGCCACCCAAUUCUCCUACCCAAGGAUCACGAGCUGACCAAACGAAUAAUUAUUCAACAGCACCUUCGCUACAUGCACGCAGGAGUGCAAGCUACCAUGGCCGCAGUCAGGGAACUUUUUUGGCCCUUGUCCUUGCGAUCAACGACGCGCAAAAUCCUUUUGAAUUGCAUUAAAUGCUUCAAAGUCAAACCAGUCAUUUCCGAAGCAUUAAUGGGAUCAUUGCCCCCGGGUCGUGUAACAGCCUCCAAACCAUUCUCGCAUUGUGGUGUAGACUAUGCUGGACCGCUUGUCUUACGGGAAGGCAAACGGCGAAAUGCCAGGAAUCAUAAGGCCUACGUGGCCAUUUUUGUUUGUUUCGCAACCAAGGCGGUACACGUGGAGCUCGUGAGCGAUUUGACUUCUGAAGCGCUCAUAGCUGCGUUCAAACGCUUCAUAUCACGUAGGGGCAAACCUUCUCACAUCUAUUCCGAUAAUGGCACAACAUUCGUUGGUGCACAAAAUCAAUUGAAGGAGCUGUUUGAUUUCCUAAAUAAGGAACAAGUAUUAGACGAUGUCAAACAGUUCUUUCGACUUCAGCAAACGUCAUGGACGUUCAUACCCCCUAAUGCUCCUCACUGCGGUGGCUUAUGGGAAGUCGCGGUGAAGUCCGUAAAGUAUCAUUUGACCCGCGUCGUCGGUAGAGCUCACUUAACUUUCGAGGAAAUGCAAACAAUACUCUGCGAAAUCGAGUCAAUCCUGAAUUCACGACCACUCACCGCCUUAAGUGCAGAUCCAAAUGAUUUAUCGUAUUUAAGCCCAGGUCACUUUCUGAUUGGUACCACUAUGAACAGUCUCCCUUCUCAUGACUUAACUGAUAUACAGGAAAACCGCUUAUACGCUGGCAGCGGAUUGAGCAACUUAAGCAGCAUUUUUGGCGCCGUUGGAGCCAUGAAUAUCUUCACUCUUUGCAAGCGCGUCCCAAAUGGAGAAUGGACAAGGGCACUCAACUAA